CCAAGAACUUAAAGAAAAAUCUUCUCUUACAUGUGUAGAGGCAAAAUUAUUUCUUCACUCAAAAUUAUGUGUAUUAACUGAUAGCAUACUACUGCUAGCAGUCAUUUGAGAAAUCUGCUCUUUUCUUUUAGUUGAACUGUCUGUUUUUAAAAAAAAAAAGGUAGCCUCUGGUAAUCUGAAAAUGCAGGGCAACUUACCUAAGUUUGAGUUUUGCAAUGUAUUUGAAAACGGUGAGAUAGUUAAAAGAAGUUUGAUAUGUUUUUCUUUCACAGAGUCCCCAGAAAAGAAAAAAAAGUGUAUUUCAGUAGGUGCAAAUCAGAGGAAGUAGCUGCUGACAUAGGAAAACUGUACUAAAGGACAUUUCUGAAGGAAAACUUUUAAGAUGUGGUGAAGAGCCUGUAUUUUCCCCUAUCUGGUAUAUAGUGCCUUAAAAAAUGGGGUUUGGAGGUGACCUGAAGUAUUCUCAUGAUGCUUUAUUAAAACUCCAAGACUGGGAACUACGACUGCUGGAAACAGUGAAGAAAUUUAUGGUAAUGAGAGUAAAAAGUGAUAAAGAAUAUGCAUCCACUUUACAGAAUCUCUGUAACCAAGUGGAUAAAGAGAGCGCUUGUCAGUUGGAUUAUAUCAGCAAUGUGUCCAAGUCUUGGUUGCUUGUGGUACAGCAAACAGAACAGCUGAGCAAAAUAAUGAAGACACAUGCAGAGGAUCUUAAUUCUGGGCCCUUGCAUAGGCUUACAAUGAUGAUCAAAGAUAAGCAGCAAGUUAAGAAGAGUUUCGUAGGUGUUCAUCAACAAAUUGAAGCAGAGAUGUACAAGGUCACAAAGACAGAACUAGAGAAACUUAAAUCUAGCUACCGGCAACUAAUAAAAGAAGUAAAUUCUGCCAAAGAAAAGUAUAAAGAAGCUGUGGCUAAAGGAAAGGAGACAGAGAAAGCCAAAGAUCGGUGUGAAAAAGCCACUAUGAAACUUCAUAUGUUGCAUAACCAGUAUGUGUUGGCCCUGAAAGGAGCACAAUUACAUCAGCACCAAUAUUAUGAUACUACACUUCCUCUGUUACUUGAUUCCCUUCAGAAGAUGCAAGAAGAAAUGAUUAAAGCCCUGAAAGGGAUCUUGGAUGAGUAUAGCGAGAUCACCAGUCUUGUAACAGAAGAGAUUGUGAAUGUCCAUAAAGAGAUCCAGACCUCGGUGGAACAGAUAGACCCUAACUCUGAGUAUAAUGACUUCAUAGAUACUCACAGGUCAUCAGAAGUUGUUGAACAAGAAAUAGAGUUUGAUACGUCUUUACUAGAAGAAAAUGAAAACCUUCAAGCUAAUGAGAUCAUGUGGAAUAAUUUAACAGCAGAAAGUUUGCAAGUUAUGUUAAAAACAGUAAUAGAAGAACUGAUGCAAACGCAGCAAACCCUUCUGAGCAAAGAGGAACUUGUUUUGGAACUAGAGAAAAAAAUAGAAGAGUCAUCUAAGACAUGUGAAAAGAAAUCUGAUAUUGUACUCUUGCUGAGCCAAAAGCAAGCGCUUGAAGAACUUAAGCAAACAGUCCAGCAGUUAAGAUGCUCUGAGGCAAAAUUUGCAGCCCAGAAAGAACUACUGGAACAAAAGGUUCAAGAGAAUGAUGGGAAAGAGCCACCACCUGUAGUGAAUUAUGAAGAAGAUGCCAGAUCAGUGACUUCUAUGGACAAGAAGGAUAAAGUGUCAAGGUUUGACACUAUACGUCAUUCCAUAGCUGGAAUUAUAAGGUCUCCAAAAUCCAUGUUGGGUUCAUCAUCGUUCUUUGAUGUAAUCUCAACCACUGAGAAACCAUUGGCUGAGCAAGACUGGUAUCAUGGUGCAAUUCCAAGAAUAGAAGCCCAGGAGCUGUUAAAACAGCAAGGAGACUUCUUGGUGCGAGAGAGCCACGGGAAACCUGGUGAAUAUGUCCUUUCUGUGUUUUCAGAUGGACAACGGAGACACUUUAUCAUACAAUAUGCUGAUAAUCAAUAUCGUUUUGAGGGAACUGGGUUUCCAACUAUUCCUCAGCUUAUAGAACAUCAUUACACAACAAAGCAAGUUAUUACAAAGAAGUCGGGUGUGGUUCUGCUUAAUCCUGUUGUUAAGGAUAAGAAGUGGGUUCUCAAUCAUGAAGAUGUCACGUUGGGGGAAUUACUGGGCAAAGGUAAUUUUGGUGAGGUGUAUAAAGGAACGUUAAAGGAUAAAACCCCUGUUGCUGUAAAAACUUGCAAAGAAGAUCUUCCUCAAGAACUGAAAAUAAAAUUUCUGUCUGAAGCCAGGAUACUCAAACAAUAUGAUCAUCCUAAUAUUGUAAAACUUAUAGGAGUUUGCACUCAGCGACAGCCUAUAUAUAUUGUUAUGGAACUUGUUCCAGGAGGUGAUUUCCUGUCAUUCCUAAGAAAAAAGAAGGAUGAGCUGAAAACCAAACAGUUGGUGAAAUUUUCAUUAGAUGCUGCCUCUGGUAUGGCAUAUCUUGAAUCUAAAAAUUGUAUACAUAGAGACCUGGCUGCAAGGAACUGCUUGGUAGGUGAAAGCAACAUCUUGAAAAUAAGUGAUUUUGGGAUGUCCCGGCAAGAGGACGAUGGUGUGUACUCAUCAUCUGGCCUAAAGCAGAUUCCAAUCAAGUGGACUGCCCCAGAAGCUCUGAACUAUGGGAGAUACACGUCUGAGAGUGAUGUAUGGAGCUUUGGAAUCCUUCUGUGGGAGACCUUCAGUUUAGGAGUGUGCCCAUACCCUGGAAUGACCAACCAACAAGCACGAGAGCAAGUUGAGAAAGGCUACCGAAUGUCCGCGCCACAAAAAUGUCCAGAAGAAAUAUAUAAAAUAAUGCAGAGAUGCUGGGACUACAAGCCAGAAAACCGGCCAAAAUUCAGUGAGAUUCAGAAAGAGCUGUCUUCAAUCAAAAAGAAAGUGACAUAGUGAUGAAGAAGUGCCAAACUCAAUGUCUGGGACUUUAUUUUCCAGUGAAGUAAUUGUUUCCCUCAAACACUAUGCAUUUAUAUAGCAUUAUUUGCAAUAUUCUUCUAGGAUUACUUUGAAAUUAACUGGUGUACCAUCUUGAAUGGUGCCUGCACCUGCAUUAAAGGUAUAUACUGCGAAAUGCUAUAUAUCCAGUCACAGUUAGUACUGUAAUUUAGGUUACAUGUACAUUGGAAAGCACAUACUAUAAAUUUAAGGGACUGUGGCUUUUAUCUGUUUUACAGCAAAUAACUGCUAGUGACAUUUUCAGAAGUAUUCUACUUUAAGCUGUGCUCCCACUCUGCUAUCCCUGUCCUGUAUGUCAACAUAUUAAUGUGGGGAUCGUCAUACAUGUUGGCCUUAAAACUGACGACAGUUUUGGCAAGUAUUUCAACUAGAAGCUUUUUUUUAAAAAUUUUUUUCUACGUCUGAUGUAUUUAGGUGAUGCUUGGUUUGAAGCAUGAAGCUCAGUUAGAUUCUGAAUGCAAACGUGCUUACUGAAAGGAAAAAUCCAGAAUUUUUUUGGUAGUUGAAUUACUUGUGCAUUUAUUACCAUACGCUAGAAAUACUUCUGACAUUUUAUGUGAUCUACUUAAAUAAUGCCUUUUUUCUCCUUCAGUGCCAUCAGAAUUCAGUAGCAUGUUUCUUUUAUGGUGACCUAUGUUUAUUGUAGGAAAAAAAGACCAAUAUAAAGUGUAUUUCUUAGCACAUGCUAAGAAACAUUGCAAACUGUCUGCCUUCCAAAAUUUAUGUGAAAGUACUAGGCCAAGAAAAAGAGGUUUAUUAAUGAUAGCAGCAGAUGACAAAUAUCAUUGAUCUUAGAGGCGCUAAAGAAUAUGCUGCUAGAUUUGCUUUUUACCCUGAUUUUUUCCCUUAAAUUGGUAGAAAUUCUCAGAAUGCAGCUGGAGCAUGCAAAAAUUUAUUCUGAACAAAAGAACAUUUCAUGCAUAGUGUCCAAAGGAAAAUACUACUUCUGUAUGGCAUGAGGAAGUUGUUCAAACAACCAAAAGGAAAGAAGUAUGUUUAAAGCCUCUGACAGGGAACAGCAGAGUAGAAAUACUAACCUUCUAUUUUUCUUACAUUAUUGCAAUCAAAUAUCAAAAGACUGGGGAUAAACAAGGUUUAAAUGCACCAAGAAUAUAAACCUUGUGUUUGUAUAUAUAUAUAUAUACAUAUAAAUAUAUAUUAAAAAAAAAAGCCAGAAAGAAUAAAACCUUACUAGAUAGGCGAGGGAGGAAGUGCACCAUUUGUUACUUUGACUCUGGGUCCUCUUUGCAGCUGGAAUUGUUUUCUAGGGCUCUGAAUAAAAAUAGGAACGAGUUACUGUAUCCCUGUCUGAGUUCCAGCAUUAAGGUGCUUAAAAUACUUCUAGGAAUUUACUAAAAUAUUCAGAUCAAGGGAUACUAGUUGCUGCUAAUGCAAGUAAGAAACAGGGAUUGUAAGUAACGCAGCAUCUGGAAUGUUAAUUAGCCUUAUAUUUUAGUGUUACAGUGGGAAUGAGAUGUAGUAAAGUCAGUGGCUACAUUACAUUUUUAUUUCUGUUAGGGUGGCUUUUCUCUUGUCCACAUCAUCUUUUGCUCUCUAAAGUGUAUUUACAGUAGUGCUGAGUGGUGGUUUAGGGCUAUGUGUGACCAAAAUAUGUGUAGUCUAGAAGAAUUUGUUACAUAGGAAUUAGUGUCCAACUGCAACAGUGAAUGGUUGUGUGGGGUCACAUCACCUGCAUUUGAGGUGGUACUGUCAGUAUCCAGCUGUAAGGAAUGGUAAGUGCUUCUUGCAUUUUGUUAAGUGAUUUUUUUUUCUUGGAGAUAAGGAAGCAUUUAUAUACACAUACCCAUUUAAAGUGUAGUGCUUGGAAAACUUGGUGGCAUAAAUUAAAACUUCAUUGUAAGUGUACUGGAUAUAUUUACUUAGUUCUGUACUUCAAGUAGCCCAGAGAUAUUUUUCAAGAGCAAUAGGAAACGUUCUUGUUAGCUUGUAUGCUUCUAAGUAGUACACAGAGUCUGUGCCUUAAUUUGCUAGUAUGCUAAUGCAAGUGCAAGUGUACUAAGAUCUAAGAAAUGUUUCACAAUCAUUUGGGAAAAUCCAUCCAACUGCGUUUCCUUACAUAUGCAUCCCUGAAGUCUGCAAGUAAGGAUAACAGUGUCAGCAUUCGUAGCUUUUCUGGAGAGUUAAUAUUCUUUUGUUAGAAAGAUAGACUGUUUCUUUGCCAUAUGCCCUCUUGACAGCAAGAAAUACUGCUUCAUUGAGAUAAAAUAAAAUACUGUUGUAUUUGUCACAAAUUAACCAGUCACCAUCCUGACUCUCAUAGAAGGAUAAAAACAGUGCUAACAUUUUAUUCUGGAAUUGUUACCCUCCAUACAUAUAUAUCACACUUCUGUUUAAAUUUGAAGUCUUUUUAAAACAGGGAAUUUCUGCAACAUUAGGAAAAUUUAUUACUGUUACUGAAGUAGGCACCAGUUCAGUUCAAAACUAGUAAUACUUUGGGAGAAUACCAGAAUGGCUUUGUAAGUAUAGAAUAAAUUUCAACACAGGUACAUGUCUUUUCAAUUAUUUAAACUUUUUGUAGCAUUAAUUUAACAAUUUGUGGCAGAAUUUUUUUGUCAUGUCUGACUUGUAAAUAUUGAAACUAUUCAAUUUAGGAAGUGGAAUCGAUACCUACAGCUACUGUAGGCUUCUCACAGGAGCAUUCACAACCAAGCCUGCCACGCCAUGAAAUUUAAACGAAAGACAUGGCACUAAAGAAGCAAAGCUGCAAUAUCUUCUCUCCAUGGCCUUUUGAUGACUUAAUCUUGCCAGGUUAAUCUUACCAGGUUAGCCAGGUCAUUUGGCUCACGUACUGUGUUUAGGGAACUUAAAAACAGAACUUAGAAAGAAGUUAAGCUUCAGCCUCUUUUGCAAGUAUGGAUUUCAGGUUAGGUUGUUACACUGGCAUUGUCACAACCAGAGGGACCCCGAGACAAUCCUGAAUUAUUUUAUAUUGUUAAACGUAGGAAACUAAAUACUGUUAUCCUCAGCUUGUAAUGUGGGAGGGAAUUCAACAGGUUUUCUCUUAUUUUCAUGUUUUUCCUAGGAAUUGCAUUCAUUAUUUUAAGAAAAUUGCUUUGAUGACAAGAAGUGCAUCCUUAGUUUGUUUUUAGUAGAAAAUUAGUGCAUAUUAGCUUCCAAGUCCAGUCCUCAGUGAAGUCAUAAGGUUUUCUAAGCUUCUUUAUUUUAUGAAAAGUAAAAUAGGGAAAGUAUCUUGUCUGGAAACAAACCUUGCUUUAGCAAAGGGUGGUUAUGUAGAGUUAGCAUCCUACAAAGGCAUUAACUUUGAAAUGUGCAUUUUCAUUAGUUCUGUAAAAAAAACAAUGAACUAGCUUUUUGUUUAUCAGCUUUGUUUUACAGUUAUAUUGCAUUUCUUCGUAACAAAAUUAUGCCCUUUUGCAGAAUUGCUUAAAACUUUUUUGGAAAUCGUUAUUGGGAAGUGCAUCACCAGAAGGCCAUCAGUGAGAACUGCAGCUGGUAAAGCCCAUUCUCACUGACAGGAAAGAGAAAACUGGUUAAGGAAAUAUUAGGUUAUUCCUACUCAAGUAUUUUUUUCAUUAAUGCCUUUGACCACCUGUUAUGCUUACUUAAAUGCAAGCACAUGAUUAAAAUUGACUAUGAAGUUACCUAUUUGUUAUCUCUUUAUAACUAUUUUGUUACCCUUUUUGUACCCAUUGUAAAGGUAAUAAAGAAAGCAAAAAAGAAGAAAAAUCCCACACAUUUUUCUGAGGUUACAGUGUAACCAAGCCUCAGAAGUAUUUACAAAUGUCUCCCCUGCAGUUUUCUCAGAUGUGCUGCUGCACAAAUAUUAACAACAGUGAUUAAAUACUAGCCCUGUUUCCAGUAUUCUUGCUGUCAUAUCCUUUAAAUGUCAGUGCUACUCACAGAUUUGAGGGAGUGCAAUAUUUGAAGACCUAAGCUAGUGUGUAAAUAGUGUUAUCAAACAUGGUAUUCAGCAGUUCUGAGGAUAAUUGAUUGUCACAAACAAUAACUCAUUAUAAAGAUUAAAUAAAGAGAAAGAAGCUGAGAGAGUCCAUUUUCUGUAACAGCUGUCCUGUUUUUAGGUGCUAGAAAUAUUUGUUUGUGCCAGUGCACUUGGAUUUGUAACAUUUUUAUGGCUAAGCAAAAAAUAGUUUGCUAUUAAAGGAAGAGUUUGCCAAUUAAUUUUUUCUUCUUGUAAAGCACAAAAGGAGUUCAGAUAUUGUUGGAAAGAUAUUGUUAGAAGCUUUCUUCCUAGGCAAGUCAGGCUACCAAUGAAGUUAUAAAUUUUUUUCCUCUUAGAGUGAUUUUCAUGCAGUCCUUCACUUCUAGUAAUUAGUAAUAGAGGACCUCAAUUAGUAAUUAAAAGGUGCAUGGCAAGCAUAGGGCAUGUCCAGUAUUCCUGAAGUUCAAAAAAACCAUGAGUUUUUAAGAGAUCUGAUUAAUUUGAAAUAUCAGCUCUAUUAAAAAUGUUUUCUUUCAGUCCCCUUUUGCAGAUUUACUGAAAACAAACAAAAAAAGCAGUCCUUAAUAACCAGCAACAACUUACUAGGAAAGUGAAUCAACCUCAGGAGCCUAUCAAGGUUUUCUAAGAGUAACUAUUCCCUGGGGUAGCUUCCCAUUAUAAACACAUAAAGUUUAAAGGUGGAAAGCUUCAAAUUGAAAUGGAAGAAUCCAUUCACUUGUCAAAUUAUGAACAGUUAAGUAUUACUACCAUUUAUUUCCUCAAAGUGGUACUGAAGUGUUCUUUCCAGCUGCUAUAUGCAUUGCAGAGUUGCUUUUUAGUAUGUUAUUAAUACCAACUUUACUUUGCUGAGACCUGAAAUUUCAAAGAAGGGAAGAUUCUCUCAUUGAAAAUUCCAGCAAGAUCUGCCUGGUAGCUCCAACAUUUUUACGUAUUUUCACAUGCAGUUAUCAGAGUCAUUGUGUUCAUUAUAAUAAGUGCCACAUAGAACAGGGCUGGAAGCCCCUGACUUUAAACUUUCAGAGUUUUGACCCUAGAAUCCACCCUGAUUUUGCUUCUCUGUCAAAUAAGCAAAAGAAAUAUCUGUUAUUCAGCCUUAGUGCUACUCUAUAAAACAGAAAGUUUCAGAGGUGUAUUUACUGUUCUCUCCCAGGGAAUGCUACCUCCACCAACAACCCUAAGUUACCAUUAUGUCCCCUUCUCUUUGAUAUAAAAUUUCAGCUGGAAUAUAUGUCCAGGUAUAGAACUUGGGUGUUAACUCAGAUUUUUUCAGGCAGUUGUAUAUUAUUGGCUAUUUCAGAGUGCCAUUUUCUCAGACAUCAUCUAGGCGGGACUUAAAUUAGCAGUUUCAGAUGGUUUAUUUGGGGGUGGAGGUGUGAGCCAAACUAAUUAGUUCAGUAGCUAAAUUGCUGUUUUGCAGGUGUUUGAGAAUGUAGCUAUGGAAGGGUGGUGCAUUUAGAGAUCUCAGAUACAUAUGCCUUCUCCAAACAAAAAACUUUAAGGCAUAUUUAGAAAAAAUUGACAAAUAAAACCCUUAAAUCUAGUUGACUGAGGUCAUAAAUUGAAAACAUAGAAGAGCCAUGAACUAGAUUCUUCCUUCCUCUGUCUCCCAGAGUGGAACGCCUUGUAAAUACAACUAAAUUGAUUUAUUGUUUAUAGAUAAAUACAGCCUCUGAACCAGUAUGGUAACCUAAGAUUCACACUGAGCAGAGAACACCUGGAAAAAUCCUGAAUUGCUACUAUUUGGAUCUGCCAUCUAGUUUUAGAAACACAAAUGUUUAUAGAUAAGUACUUAAAUUUUGCGAAUACAGUAAGUGAGCCAGCCAUUGAAACUCUUCAUCAAUAUAAGGCAAUUAGACUUUUUAAAACAAAAAUCAGAUCAGUGAUUCCCUUUGCAUUACAGAUGUUGAAAGUAUGUGCCAGAACUUUCCAUUACUAAAAAAAAGGUGCACUGUGCUCUUUUCAGUCAGCUCAGUCUUUCUCAACAUAUGAAGAAUUCCUUUGCUGUUACAUGCAAGUAAUAAUGCAAAAUUCUUGGAUAACUGAUAUAUAACCAAUUGACUCUGAGCUGUUGCCUCAAUUCUCAAAGGAUCUUCCUGCUCUCUAAAGGGGGUUGCAGUAAUCUUACACUUCCAGCUGAGCUCUGCUGUAAUAAUCUUUACUGUUGCAUCUCUCAAAUAUUUCCUAGUUCUGAAGGCUCCAUGUAUCACAGAUGGCACCCUUUCACUUAUCAAUGAAAUCAUUCUGGUGACAGAAAAGUCUGAAUACACUCCUGCUUUUGUUUAAUUCAGAAGUAAUGUGGUGAUGUUGUACUUUAAAACCUAAGGCAGUGUGUUUGUAUGAAAAUGGAAGUAACCAUGAAUCAAGGUGAAGCAUAUUGUUCAAAUCACAUUUUUAACGAAAUUGCAGACCCUAGCUAUAUCACAAAUUGUCCACAUCAUAAGAUACAUCAGAGGAACAACAUUUGUUACUGUCUGGUUUACAAUACAGAACAUCCUGCUUCACAUAGGGAGAAUUAAAGAGCUAAAUAUGCUCCUUGACAUUUUGCUGUCAGGCCAAAUUGGAACAGCAUCUUCCAAAUCAACAACAAUUACUUAAUUCCACCAAAGCCUUAUUGUGAACUUCCUUCUUCUUAACAGACCUUUUCAGACAGUGUUAAUUUUCAUCAUUUUGCUUUCAGGAAUUUGAAUUCAUUAUGUCAUACAACAUUUACUUACAGAAAUAAUUAUACAGCCCCACCACUAUGAAGUGCUGAACCCUGCAAUUCCAGGAGAUAAGCGUUAUUGUUGUGUACAGGGAACUGCUCUUGCACUGGGUCUCAGUUGAAAUGUCUGUUUACAUGUCUGUUUCCAGUGUUAAUUGUACCAUUACCUGUAAAUCACAAGUUAAUUUGGUUUUUUUAGCAAGCUUCCCACUUAAUUUUCACUAAAAUGCUGAAAACGUAAUAGGAGAAAACCCCAUGAUACAGGUUCAUCACACAGGACACACAAGGCAGGCAGACUCCUACAGAGAAAUAUUGAGGAGUGAAAGCCAGCAUUAAACACCUGCCUUGUACCUUCUGUUAAAGGACUUCCAGGGAUGAAACUUGGGCUGGGGUUGUAGGACUGCUGAUUUUAAAAUUGCAUGUGUUGCUUUUCCUUCGUGUAACUGUUGGCAGCUGGAGACAGAACAGGGGUGUCAGGGAAGGAGGGAAAUUCACAUCACUGGCUUGCCAUCACAAGCCAGACUUUUGUCACCAGUAGCCUUGCGUGGACACAGAUGCCAUUUGCAGAUGUCUUUAGGUAUCCAGUUCUCAAUUUUGUGCCAAAAUACACACCAGCAAUAUCAGGUAAAGCACCUUUAAUGCUCUUUUUUGUUUAAAAAUAAUAUAUUUGUGAAACAGAUCGAUAAUACAUAACACUGGAAAUGGGUCCUUCUUCCCUAAAGUACAUGUAAAAUAAAAUUAAAAAAAAAGAGAAACAACAUUUUUGAAUUUAUCUGGCUUUUAAUCAAGUCUGAAAAUUAUAACUAUGUUAUACAGUUGCCAGUUGUCGGUCCUUUAUAAUUUUAAAUAGAUCUGCAUUUUAACUUUAUUUAUUUGCCAAUUUUUUAUAUACUUUAAAGUUACACUUUAGAACUCAAGCUAACUUUUUAUUUUCCUAGGCUGUUAUGUAAGAGAUUUUCAGUCUUCUUGUAAACUGCAGACCUUUUUUGAACAAUCCUUUGUCUUCUCCUUUGGACCACUUACCACUAAUGAGUCUGCAGUCCCCGUUUCACUGUACUCUUCCAAUAAAUGUAAAAUAUUUGUAUCAAGCAGUCUCAUUUUAUUUGAUAUUUACAAGUUGCGUUUCUUCAUUUGCUUCUGUAAUCAAGUGGAAGACCAAUUCUGGUAACAUUGCUUUUGGGAAUAGACAAAAUUCAAAAUAACUCUGUUUCACACAGCAGGGGGAGACCCAAUUUGAUUUGAUAUUUUUUGAAAUUUCUGGAGAUAAUCUUUCUGUAUGAUCCUCACUCGCAGUUUUG